AAUAAUUGCAAAAUAAAGAAAGGAUACAUUUCUAUUAGAUCUAGAUAUCUCUAUCAUUUUGCAUUGUCUAAGCUUGUAAUAAAAUAGUGUUUUUCUUACCUGACUGAAGUUAUAUUAACAAACAUAAACGUAGAUCCAUUAAGUGUCCAUGAUGGCUGACACAAAGCAUGACUUAACUCUCGAUCUAAGCAAUGCCUUAAAAAAUGUGAAGAAGGAAAAGGAAGAAGCAGAUUUGUUAACACAACCAUGUGAAGAACAAGACUUCAAAGUGCCAGAGAUAAAAAUUGAGAAGAUAGAUGUAGAUGAAUCAGACAUGUAUGCACAGCAAUCAGAAAACUCUGCUGAAACUUCUUAUGUGAAACAUGAACUCCAGGAAGAGACCAUUGAGGAAGAAAAGAAAAUGACUUCAGAAAAAAGUGUCUCCACUGAUGACAUAGAAGAUGAUGAUGUUGGAAAUCAUUCUAAAGCUGAAAACCAACAUCAAUGUCACAUAUGUCAUAAGAAAUUUGCUAAACUUCAGAAUUUAAAAAAACAUCAGUUAAUUCAUUCUGGUGAAAAACAAUUUCAGUGUCAAAUAUGUCUGAAAGAAUUUUCUCAGUCUUCUCAUUUGAAAACACACCAAGUGAUACAUACUGGGGAAAAACCAUUUCAAUGUCAAGUAUGUCAAAAACAGUUUGCUCAACUUGCAGGAUUGAAAAUCCACCAAGUGGUUCAUACUGGGGAAAAACGAUUUAAAUGUCAAAUAUGUCUAAAAGAGUUUUCUCAAUCUUCGGCAUUGAAAACUCAUGAAGUGGUUCAUACUGGUGAAAAGCGAUUUCAGUGUCAAAUUUGUCUAAGAGAAUUUGCUCAAUCUUCAACAUUGAAAACCCACCAAAAGGUUCAUACUGGUGAAAAACCAUUUCAGUGUCAAAUAUGUCUUAAAGAAUUUUCUCUUUCUGCUUCAUUGAAAGAUCACCAAAAGGUACAUACUGGUGAAAAACCAUACCAAUGUCAAAUAUGUCUAAAAGAAUUUUCUCAUUCUGCGAGUUUGAGAACUCACCAAACAGUUCAUACUGGCGAAAAACCUUUUAAAUGUGAAAUAUGUCUAAAAGCAUUUACUCAGGCUGUAACAUUGAAAGCUCACCUAGCGGUUCAUACUGGUGAUAAAUCAUUCAAAUGUCUUGUAUGUCUAAAAGAAUUUUCACGUCUUUCCAAUUUAAUAACUCACAAAAAGAUUCAUACUGGUGAAAAACUAUUUAAAUGUGAAAUAUGUCUAAAAGAAUUUUCUAAAUCUGACAGGCUAAAAACUCACCUAAAUAUUCAUACCGGUGAAAAGCCAUUUAAAUGUGAAAUAUGUCUUAGAGAAUUUUCUCAGUCUGCAAAUUUAAAAACUCACCUAAAGGUUCAUACUGGUGAAAAACCAUUUCAAUGUAAAAUAUGUUUAAAAACAUUUUCUCAAUCUUCAAAUUUGAAAAAACACCAAGCUGUCCAUACCUAAAAAAAAUAAAAUUUUAAUGUCCAAUAUUUCUAAACAAUUUUUCAAAAUCUAUGACAUUAAAAACUCACCAGUUCAUUAGUUGAUGAGAAACCAUCUAAAUGUUAAACAUAUCUGAAAUGAUUUUCAUUUCUAUAGAUUUUAAAAGAUCAUGAGGUUAUUGUUAGUACUGGGACUUGGUACCGUAAACCAUUUAAAGAUAAAAAUAUAUCGAAAGGAAUUUACUAGGCAUCAGCACUUGUUUGUUCAAAUGAAAUAACCUUUUAUAUGUUAAAUAAAUUUAAUAGGUUUAAACAAUUUUCUUAAUCUUUGUCUUUGAAACUCACCAGCCUGGAAUAGAGACUAAAGACAUAGAAAAUGUUUUAGCUCACUGUCUUGCAAGUUUUAUUCAAGCAUAUCAGCAUCACUUCAUCUUGUAAUGGAUAUUAAAGAAAUACUCCAACAUUCAAGACCUAAACUUUGUGGUGGCAAAAUAUGAAUUCAGAGUUGUUUUUUUUUAGCUAUGGUCAAAUGUUUAAAGCAAGUCAUAGAAAAUGUUGCAUUAAGUCAACCAAAAUGCUUGUCGUUAAUAGUCAUUAUAUUGCUUUUUGGCAGUUAUAGUUUGUCUACAUACCAGUAAUAAUAAUAAUUAUAGCUUUUAUACGGCGCUAUGGACCAAUCUCAUUUGUGUACCAGUGGGAAGCGGGGUAUCUUGGAGAAGGUUUUCCAUGCUGCUCUAUGGUGCUCAGUAAACACAACUCUCGAGUCAUAGCCAAGUUCAAGUGUACUUAGCUUCUUAACCACACUUCCUAAUCAUGCACCAAAAGCUUAGAAUGUUUUCAUAGCCAUCCUAGGGACACAUCAUAGUUAUGUAUGUUCUUGAAAGAUCAUGAUUCUAACUAAGAAGUUUUACACUAAUUUUCUGUGCACUACUGGCAUACAGAAGUAUACAUCCUUUGCUUGGAACUUGUAAAAACCCAAUAAAUGUUUUUGGUUUACAUAUUUCUGAUGUUCCUUCAGCUUUAUAGGAUAGUGGGGGAUAGCCAUUGGCAGGGUUCAAACCUGGGACCUCAGACACAGUCCAACACACAUAAUACACAACCAGGCAACAAUCCAAACACACAAAAAAAAUCUUCAACACAACUCUACAUAAAUGUCUUUAAGUAGGACUUCUAGUGUAAACUGACCAGGAUUACUCAGCAGAACUAAACCGCUGUUAGUCCCAUGUCUCAGUGCAAGUGGAAGGAAGGAAUAUUUAUAUAUAUCAAUGACCAUAGUGUUGUUUUGAGAAAAACCAAAUGUAAAUUGUCUUUUUUUGUAACUGUAAAUUGUUUUGGUGUUCUUUUAACUCUUUUCCUCCCUAAUUAACAAUAACAUGGUUGGUUAAAUUACAUUUUUGGUUUAUAAACUACCGUGUUAUUUGUGUUAUAUAAAAAGAGCAUGCAUUCUCCUAUAAUACUGUACCAAAGUGAUUACAAACAAACAUGUUAUUGAAGUCUGAUCAUAACCGGGUAGAAUGCAGAAAUGUUAAAAUUGACAAUUCGGUCAGAAUGUGGAAAAUUAAUUGCGGAGAUUUAAUUACAAUUUAAUAUCUAUAUUGAUUUUACUGGCGGAUUACAUUAAAACUUAUUAUAAAAUUGACUAACGUACACUUAAUGUUUCUUGUAUUUGAAAAUAUUUAGGAUUUUGACUAUUUUUCUUGGAAUGUAAAUAUGUAAAUAUUCAUUAAAUAGCUUCAUAUUAUGCAGUGUGUCUUAAUGUUAAAUGUUGAUUUAUUUAUUGUUUUUCUUUUUUCUUGGAAUAAACAUUUAAAUAUUCA